CCAUUACGGCCGCCGUCGCCACGGACGAGGAGAGGCCACAUGCGGAGCCGGCCGAGGAGGUCGAGGAAAUCCCUCUGGAUACCUCCCGACCGGAGCGGGUGCUCAGGGUCGGAAAGAAAUUCCCCCGGGACCAACGAGACGCCAUCCUCCUCGUCCUACGGUCAUACGCCGUUGUCUUCGCGUGGGGCCCGGACGAUAUGCCAGGCAUCAGCCGCCAGGUGAUCACUCACCGGCUGACCGUCGAUCCGGCCUCCGCACCUGUCAAACAGAAGCGACGCUACUUGUCCGCCGACAGGCGGGACUUCGUCAAAGGGGAGGUCGCCAUGCUCCUCU